GCCGCCAUAUCUGCUGCUGCCGCUGCCUCUGCAGCUGCGAAUGCAGAGUAGGGACUUCGCUGCCUAUCUACCCUGCUCAGGUACUGAGACCAUGGAUCCCAGCAGCAGCAGCGACUCGGCACCGGAUUGCUGGGAUCAAGUGGACAUGGAAAUACCGGGUUCAUCCCAGAACGAGGACCAAGCCUUGGCAGACGUGGCAGAGGCCCAGCGUGAACACCUUAGCUCAGCCUUCAGCCGGCAGCUAAAUGUCAACGCCAAACCCUUCGUGCCUAAUGUGCACGCCGCGGAGUUCGUGCCAUCAUUCCUGCGGGAACCGGCUCCACCGCAGACCCCCCCUGCAGACAUCGCCAGCAUGGAUGAAAUCUGCGCUCGCACGAGCGACCCUCAAGGUAAAAGGCUGGGACGGGGGGCACCUGUGGAAAAACCCAAAGAGGAGCAGUUAGUGUUGCCUGAAGGUUCCAAUUCAUCAAUUACUAUGGAACUUUCAGAACCUGUUGUAGAAAAUGGUGAGGUGGAGAUGGCCCUAGAAGAGUCAUGGGAGCAUAAUAAAGAAGUAAGUGAAGCUGAACCAGGGGGAGAUUCAGGGCAACCAGAAGAAAAUGGUCAGGAAAUGAUGGAGGAGAAAGAGGAAGUGAAAAAACUUAAAUCUGUGGCCGUACCCUCAGGUACUCCUAAAAAAGAACACGUAAAUGUGGUAUUCAUUGGGCAUGUAGAUGCUGGCAAGUCAACCAUUGGUGGACAAAUAAUGUUUCUAACAGGAAUGGUUGACAAGAGAACACUUGAGAAAUAUGAAAGAGAAGCUAAGGAAAAAAACAGAGAAACUUGGUAUUUGUCCUGGGCCUUAGAUACAAACCAGGAAGAACGAGACAAAGGUAAAACAGUAGAAGUGGGCCGUGCCUAUUUUGAAACAGAAAAGAAACAUUUCACGAUUUUAGAUGCCCCUGGCCACAAGAGUUUUGUCCCAAAUAUGAUUGGUGGUGCUUCUCAAGCUGAUUUGGCUGUACUGGUAAUCUCUGCUAGGAAAGGAGAGUUUGAAACCGGAUUUGAAAAAGGUGGGCAGACCCGAGAACAUGCAAUGUUGGCAAAGACAGCAGGGGUGAAGCAUUUAGUAGUGCUUAUUAAUAAAAUGGAUGAUCCCACAGUAAAUUGGAGCAGUGAGAGAUAUGAAGAAUGUAAAGAAAAACUGGUACCCUUUUUGAAAAAAGUGGGCUUCAGCCCCAAAAAGGACAUUCACUUUAUGCCCUGCUCAGGGCUUACUGGGGCAAAUAUUAAAGCACAAUCAGAUUUCUGCCCCUGGUACACUGGAUUGCCAUUUAUUCCAUAUUUGGAUAAUUUGCCAAACUUCAGCAGAUCAAUUGAUGGACCUAUUAGACUGCCAAUUGUGGAUAAAUACAAGGAUAUGGGCACUGUGGUUCUAGGAAAGCUGGAAUCAGGAUCCAUUUUUAAAGGCCAGCAGCUUGUGAUGAUGCCAAACAAGCAUAGUGUGGAAGUUCUUGGAAUACUUUCUGAUGAUGCUGAGACUGACUGUGUAGCCCCAGGUGAAAACCUUAAAAUCCGACUGAAAGGAAUUGAAGAAGAAGAGAUUCUCCCAGGAUUCAUACUUUGUGACCCUACUAAUCUGUGCCAUUCUGGGCGUACUUUUGACGUUCAGAUAGUGAUCAUUGAGCAUAAGUCCAUCAUCUGCCCAGGCUAUAAUGCGGUGCUGCACAUUCAUACUUGUAUUGAGGAAGUUGAGAUAACAGCCUUAAUCUCCUUAGUAGACAAAAAGUCAGGAGAGAAGAGUAAGAUACGGCCCCGUUUUGUGAAGCAAGAUCAAGUGUGCAUUGCCCGUUUAAGGACUGCAGGAACUAUCUGUCUUGAGACAUUCAAAGAUUUUCCUCAGAUGGGCCGUUUUACUUUGAGAGAUGAGGGUAAAACCAUUGCAGUCGGAAAAGUUCUGAAGCUAGUCCCAGACAAGGACUAAGCAGUCUCUUGAUGUUCCUACACAAUACUGUGAAAAUUGACUACAGACAUUCACUACCACCUUUUAUUUAGGGUCCAUCGAUAGACUUUUACCAAUAUUUUGCAAAAAGAAGUUUCACAGUAAAUAUCCAUCUUUUGUUAGCUUUCUCAUGUUGAGAUCUCAGUUAUGUCACUGUUGAGUUACAUACAAGUUUUCUCCUGUACCAUUCUGCUUCUGUGGACAGAACAGUAAUCGUUUUGUAAGUGAUGUGGAUGUAAUUGUCUAUAACAAUGAAAAAUUAAUAUACUCUUAAUUUUUCAUUUUCCCUUAGGUUAUUUAGACAAUCCUGUUCCACAGACCAGAAUGUGUCAGUGUGUAUGUGUGUAUAUGUUUUAAGAAAAGCUAACAUGUGAAUAAAAUACUACACUUGAAACUCUC